CGCCCCAAAACAUGUCCUUCCCCAACAGCGCGAACCCCUUCCUAGUGGACGCGCUAAUUGGCGCGUACCGGACGGAGGCUUUUGGCGCCAGCAUGCACCAUGACGCGGGGAGCUACGGCGUGCAAACCUGCGGACUCCUGCCUGCCUUCGCCAAAAGAGGGGACGUCGGUUCGCCCACGAACGUGCCCUCCUACAUGGCUCAGCUCGACAACUGGGCCGAGCCGUGCCGAGCCCUGCAGGCGCCCGGUGGUCCCGACUGUCCGUACGCGCCGAGCAUCAAGGAGGAGGGCGGCUGCUGCAUGUUCCCGGAGAAGAGGGCACCGAAAAGCCUGCAGCCGGGAAUCCUCGCCUACCCCUCCCUGGUGUCCGAACCGAACCGGGCCCCCGAGAUUCCGGUUCCGGGCUAUUUCCGACUGAGCCAGCCGUGCGCCAACGGGAGGCAUGACGACCACUACCGGCACCAGAACCCCGCGCUGAUGCACCCCACCAGCCUGCGGGACGCACCCGCGGAUCCCGCAUGCGUGGUGGUGGAGGAGGAGGAGGAGGAGGAGGAGGAGGAGGAGGAGGAAGAUGAAGAGGAGGAGGAAAAGUGCGUGGUCGUGGAAGCCGUGGAGUGCAGCCCCGGCGUGCUGGCGCCGCGGGAUGGCAAAGAGAACAAGACCGACACCCCAGCCAGCAGCUGGUUGACGGCCAAGAGUGGCCGGAAGAAGCGGUGUCCUUACACCAAGCACCAGACCUUGGAGCUGGAGAAGGAGUUCCUGUUCAACAUGUAUUUGACGCGAGAGCGCCGCCUAGAAAUCAGCAGGAGCGUCGACCUGAGCGACCGGCAGGUCAAAAUCUGGUUCCAGAACCGAAGGAUGAAGCUGAAGAAAAUGAGUCGGGAAUGUCGAGUGCGGGAACUGAACUGUAAUCUGACUUUCUCCUGAACUAUGACGCUGUCGUGUAUCACUAUUUUGGUUUUGUAUGUUCACAGUUGGCGUUAUGGACUUGACCUUUUAGGUGGUGUGUACUUUAUGUUGCUUGGUGUUGUUUGUCACAUGGUUGGAUGUUAACUUAUACACUUUGUCGGGUACACUUGGACACUUGACCCCAUUCAAAACCUUGCUGGUGUUGUCGUUGUACUCGGUGUGUAAAAGUGCACUGCAUUCCAAUGUUUACCACGAGGAGAAACAUCAAUGACUCCUGUAUCGGGUGUCGUACCUAACAACAUGGAGUGUGGAUUUUACUGUUGUGUGUGCCGAUUGUGUUUGUUUUGCUGUCAAAGUGCAUUUAUUGUCGAGUAAU